AUCAGCGAAGGCGUGAAUAGGUUAGAUAUGUAGAUUUCCCUUCCAUUUUCUAUCUAAAUGAACUUCACAUAAUUAUAAUAUCUUGUUUUUCUGUGUGACCCGCAAUCUAUGAAAUAUUUGUAUUUGAACGGGAAUGAAGAAGAUAUUUAAUAAGGGAAAUUUAGUUUUAUACAUUCUCAGGUACAUUUCAAGGUGAACUUCUCCUCCCAUAAAACAGAUGGGUCUGACACUGAAAACAAACACAUGCAAAAAAUAUCUGACUCUCUGUAAGAAUCAAAGCUUGCUUGAAGGAAGAGUUGACGCAAACUGUUAUGGUCGGGAUAAAGCAUGAACUACAAAUUCGAGCCUGCUGGGAGAAGGAGUGUUUUCAUCCAGCAGGAAGUACUAUGCCACAGAAAGGAAAGGUAGUACGGGCUUGUUCCUGACCUUCUGCUGAAUCUCUCAUGUUGGGAUGAGGAAAGGGGUUUUUCUAUCAAUGUUGUUGACUUAAAAAUACAACCAGUGCAAACUAACUGAGUUUACAAAAAAAUGUGCGCACUUCUUAUGCUCGGUUAAAAAAUCUCCAUUCUUCCUCAUGUAAAUCAAGGCUUAGACAAAUAAUCUGUGGCUCACGGUCUCCAGCAUUCUAGGUGUGGAAAAUGCCGCCUCUGCAGUUCACAGAUAAUAAUAAAGAUCCAUACAGAAUUGAUUUCACCUAAUCAGCGCCAUCCUUUAAAACAAACCAAAAUAAACCCAGUCCAACUUGGCAAAAAUGAAAUGUCAUCACAUCUGUAAGCUACCAGGAAGAGUUAUGGGAAUCCGACUACUUCGCUUCUCUUCUGUGGUGAUCUUUCUCUUACUCCUCAUGGCAGGUGCUUUAAUGGCUUUGCUUCCUAACACUAAAGAUGACAAAAUGCCCAAUUUGCGAAGGGAACCAAAAUCCCAGAGCCAAUCUGCCUUGGAUUCAUUUACUCUUGUUAUGCAGACAUACAAUAGGACUGACUUAUUGUUGAAGCUCUUAAAUCAUUAUCAAGCCAUCCCCCAUCUACACAAAGUGGUUGUUGUGUGGAACAAUGUUGGGGAGAAGAUACCAGAGGAAAUGUGGAAUUCCCUGGGACCCCAUCCUGUACCUGUUGUCUUCAAAGUGCAGACUGUGAAUCGCAUGAGGAACAGACUCCAGAUCUUCCCUGAAUUGGAAACACAAGCUGUUUUAAUGAUGGAUGAUGACACACUGAUUAGUGCCUAUGACCUUGCUUUUGCCUUCUCUGUUUGGAAGCAAUUUCCAGAUCAGAUAGUGGGAUUUGUUCCUAGAAAGCAUGUUUCCACUUCUUCAGGUAUAUACAGUUAUGGCAGCUUUGAAUUGCAGACACCUGGAUUUGGAAAUGGGGACCAGUACUCCAUGGUUCUCAUAGGAGCAGCAUUCAUUCACAGUGGAUACCUAGAACUCUUUCAAAAGCAGCCUGAUGCUGUUCAUGCUUUGAUAGAUGAAACUCAAAACUGUGAUGAUAUUGUCAUGAAUUUUCUAGUGGCAAAGCAUACUGGAAAGCCUUCAGGAGUGUUUGUGAAACCUGUUGACAUAAGGAAUUUAGAAAAAGAGACUAACAGUGGUUAUUCCGGAAUGUGGCACCGAGCAGAGCACUUGCUACAAAGAUCUUACUGUCUAAAUAAAUUGGUUAAUAUUUAUAACAGUAUGCCGUUAAAAUAUUCUAACAUUAUGAUUUCUCAGUUUGGGUUCCCUAAUUAUGCCAAUCACAAGAAUAAAAUGUAAGAAUGUAUAAUAUAAGGGGUAUAAGUUACACAUCAAACAGUAAAUUCAAAUCAGUGUAAGUUAAAUGCUGAGGGACCAGAAGAAGGAAUGCAUUACUCCAGCUUGUCCUCCUUUACACAUAGCCUCUGAAUUUUGCCCACAGUAUUUUCUUUCCCCAGUGUAAGUUAUUGAGAAAGUUUAAAGAACAGUGUGUGUGUAAUGUUCACUUAUCAUAAAAUCACCUUCAUCUCUUAAUACUUGAGAAGCUGUUAUUGUCAAAAUUACAGGGCCAGAUCUUCAAAAGCAUGUGCAGAAAAAUGCAUAAUCACUUGGUGCGCACAUAUGAAGAACUUAACUUCUAUUUCUUUAGAAUAUAUUUACCUAAUCAAAUGACAUUUUGGCAUAUAUAUAUAUAUAUAUAUAUAUCUCUUAUGAGACUGUCCUAUUUUUCUCAACAAUUCCUAGUGAAAACUUUUAAGGGUUACACUGAGCUGUUUGCAAGGGUAUUAGACUUGGUUAUAAAACUCCUCAAAGCUUGUAUGUUAACGAUUGUUCUUCAGCGUGAAAUGUUCCUGAGGUUCCAAUCAAAUCAUAAGCCUAACUAAGUCAUGGAACAAAGAACAGUCUCAGUAUCAAACAUCUCUAAGAGCCUUGCCUACAACACUGGCCACUGAGGGGUUAUGGAGCAUGAUGUGGCUGAUACCGCCUUUUUUCCUAUCAUUACUUUGCCCACAGUCACUGGGACGCUGCUCAGGAACUGAAAGGUAAAAGUUCUAAUUGCUAACUUGGGAAAGAUAAUGAACAUGGAAAGCAUAUAUCAUAAGAAAUGUAGCUUACGUUACCACAUAUGCAGCCAAAAGAGACAGGUGCCAUAUUUGCCAUUUACUACAGCCUUUAGAACUUACUCUUAUAUCAGUAUUUUGCAUGUACAGUAGAACCUCAGAGUUAUAAAUGCCUCAGGAAUGGAGGUUGUUCGUAACUCUGAAAUGUUCCUAACUGAACAAAACAUGGUUGUUCUUUCAAAAGUUUACUAAACUCUGAUU